AUGUCCCAGGGUAUGAUGGAGAUGCCUGUCAACCAGUCAACAAUAGGAUUUCCAAGAAUACCUGCAGACUUCAGGGAAAUGGCCAAGACUCUGAUGAGCACAUGCUUCAAGAAAGGUCACCAGGUGCCUGUAAUGAACAAUUCACUGAACAGCUCAUAUGGACAGAUGAUAGAGAACCCUAUCUCUAUUUUUCCAGAGCUUCUCUCCUCACUCCCUCAGUUUGUCCCCUCUCACUCUAAUCUGCAGUUCAAUGAAAUGGUAGAAGACCAGGACUCAGUCUGGAACAUUGCUGAGAAGAUGCGGAACUGCACCAACAUGGGCCAUAUGAUUGAUCUCAUGAGGAAUAGUACGGGAGGUCCUAGUUGUUUCAUGCAGGCAUUCAUGGCUCCUCUUUCCUGGAUGACAAUCAUGCAGAAUGGAACAGAGCUCAAUAAAGAAGAUCUAACAAAGCUUUUAUGGACGGCUAAACCCUUCUUAGAAACAAUGCCUCCAUCUAGCUUUGUGCUGCCUGCAUUUUCACAAAGAUCUCAUCUGGCUGAAAUGAUGAAGGUGUUUGGUGAGGUGUUCAGCGUUCUGUCUGAGGAACAGAGGCAUGUGAUUAUAGGGUGGAUCAAAGUGAGAGUUGCACUAAAUGAAUUUAAAUGCCUUCUGAAAGCGCCUGCCUUUAGAAUCCAGCCUUCUGGAUCACUGGAAAAACCGAUCAUCCCUUCAACAGCGGUCCAUAUAUGUCCUGCCAGAAUGCCCUGGCUGAACGCUACGGUGUUGACAAUGAUGGGGCCUUUUCUAUCUCUACUGUCUUUAGAAGAAGCAAAGACCAUCCCUAAAGAAGAGCUAUGUGAGUUUUUCUGGACUUCAGAUUUCUCUCCAUCAUUUCAAAAUGUUAAUGGAAUACAGCCUGCCCUUGGCCGAACACUUUUUCAACGCUUGAAACAAGAGUGUUCCAGCGGCGACAAUUUCACUCAAAACCUGGACAGACUGGGCUCUCUGGCUUGUUUCUUUGAUGGUGCACAGUCUCUGAAUCUGAAUCUUAGCAGAAAACUGCUGUCUCAGAUUGAUGGCUGUAACAACCCUGAAAUAGGCAAGGUGAAAAGACAGCUAGUACAGAACAUUCUGGAGAAAGAUAGCAGUUCCUCCUCUCCUGAGAUUCUGCUCUCUCUGGGAUCCGCCGUGUCUGCCCUUCCUCUUUCCUGGCUGUCCAGGGUCUCCUCUGAGGACCUGAACAACAUUCUCACCAACUUGAGUCAGGCCAGUUGGAGCCCAGCUCAAGCUAAGACUCUGGCUAAUAAACUGUUGGAAGCUGCUACGAAUAUAAGUGGUGAGAAGUUGUUGUCUCUGGGUACGAUGGUGAGAGGGGUGGCCAGUUCCCUCCUCAAGAAUGUGAAGGCAGAAGGGCUGCUGGGAAAUCAAGCCCUGAACACUAUGAGUGAGAAGAUGUCCUCCCUACAAAGAACAGCACUACUGGAAGCGUUCCGUCGUGAUGUAAAUGCAUCUGAACUGGUGAAGGGGUUGCCAGAUUCUCUCCUCUCUUCUCUGUCCCUGUCCACGCUGGAGAAGGCAGACCUCAGCUCUGUGGAUCAGCUGCAGGGACGCGGCUGGACUCGUGCUCAAUCAGUUUUCCUUCUGAAGAAGAUUUUGGGUAAUAAGAUCAGCCUUGGUGAAUUACGGAAGCUGGAUCAGGCUGUUCAGGGUGUCACUUGUGAAAUGAUUGAAAAAAUCAAUCGAACUGAUGCUUUGGAAAUGGCAAAGACACUUAACAAUUCUUGCGCAUGGCUCUCCAGGGUUCAAAUUCGCUGUACUGCUCAAAAACUCUUUGCAAGUCUGGAGGAACAGAGACCAGGAUAUUUCAGUGACAUUAAAAACUCUGAGCUCCACGCCAUCCCAGCUGUGCUGCUCAUCCAUCUACCAGUGGAGAAGAUUCAAAACCUGUCCGAUGCUGUGUGUCCUGCUUUCAUGGAGAAGAUGAAUCAAGUCAACCUAUCCUCUCUGCCAAACAGCUCUCCAGCACGCAGUGCACUUACCAAAAGAGCCAUCAGCUGCCUGAAGAGGAACGCAUCUGAUCUAUCUGCGGCAGAGGUUUUGACUCUAGGCCCUCUGGUGUGUGAGUUAGACCCAGCCUGGAUUUCCUCUCUGAACCCCGUGGCUCUGAACUCCACCCUGCAGGCUCUCGCCUCCUGUCAGUAUAUCCAGCAACAGCACAGAGAGCAUCUGUUCAGACUGCUUACGACCACCUAUGGGGACACUACUUUAUGGUCAGAGGAAGAUAUGAGGGUGCUUGGGCCACUUUUGUUACUUAAUGACACUGCCAUUGAAAAGCUGCCACCCAAAAGCUGGGUAAAGUCAUAUCUGUCAGACCUGAUGGACAGUUUGCCCAGUCAGCCUGUGGUUCCUCCUCCAAAGGAGUUCCGCUCUUGGUUUGAUCUCUCUGCACUUCAUCGCAAACUUUUUGACCUCAAAACGAGUAGCCCACUACAAAACCGCAGGAAGCGUGAAGUGGUGUCCACUCCAAUAGAGCCCACGCUCCCAUAUAUUGAGGAUCUCAAACAGGGGAAUGUAUACUGGACUCCCACCCAGUUCAGUAAAAUGACUGUGCAGACUUUCAAAGAUGUUGUGCCAACAUUAGGAGAGAUAACCAACUACAGCACAGAACAACUGGCUGCACUCAGAGCAAAAACUCUGGAGGCAUGGGGGAGUGUGUCCAUGUUGAAUGAGUCCCAGAUUGCUGAUCUGGGCUGCAUCUGCCAGAGCUUCAGUGCUGAAGAGCUAGGCAACCUCAGCACUGCCUCACUGGACACUCUUGAGACUAUGACCACCUGCAACUUUACCCAGACACAGAGGACAGCAGUCUGGCAGGCCUUUGAAGGGGUGGCUGGAAUCAACGUGUCUAGAUUAGGACAGCUGGAGAUGGUGGGUCUGGGACAGUUUAUCUGUGGUCUACAACCUGUCCAGAUCGAUCAGCUCAAUCCCCUCAGCUUCAGGGAGUCAGUAGAGGUGGUGGGCCGUGCUCCUUGUCCUCUGAACAUUAGAGAGCAUCUGAAGGAAAAGGCAGUGGCUGCGUUUGGAAAAUCACACACCUGGACUGAAGCUCAAGUCAGCAUUAUGGGCAACAUUAUUGCUGGUUUAAGUGCUGUCGAGCUGGGAAGUCUAAAUUCAACCGUCCUGCCAUUCAUUCAGCCAUCCGCCAUCCCUCUCAUAUCCUCGGAUCGCUUAGCUGCACUGUCGGUCAGCCAGUUGAAGGCUUUGGGUCCUGACAAUGCUGCCGCAGUAACAGAGGCUCAGCUUUCAGGGCUGAGGGUCGAUCAAAAGGCUGCACUGGAUGAAGCUGUAGGACUGAAAACUGCACGUACUGAAGUGCCCACUGGAAACUCCACUGGAAUCUCCAGUUCAGGCUCUGGUGGAUCAGCCCCACUGCCACUAAAAGGAGGUGCAGCUGUAGAGAGCAUGGCAGGAUGUGUCCUCCUCAUGCAGGCCAUUGCACUGCUGUUGUUUGGAUACAUUCUCUAAGGAGCAGAAGAGUCAAAGGCCAUAGGAUGCCAUGUGUCUGAUGGCAGAUGCUGAUGUAUGAUCAACCAGCAAACCAGUAGAUUUAAGAAAUGUUAUAAUUGCUUUGUUUCGAAACUUCAGCAAGUCACUGAUUGCACAUUUAAACUUAGCGAUUAGACCAUAACCAAAGAUAGUACAAGAUGGUGAGAUGGUGGUUUGAUAAAAUUUGGGUCUAGCCCAUCUUUAACUUAUUAAAUGUAUUUUAGAGAGAAACUAUAUUUGAUAAUACUGCUAUUUAGGUAUUUUCAAAUGGACAUCUAUUAUUAUUCUA